UAAUCUGUCCUGUAAAAAUGUCUGUCUUCCUCUAGUUGCCAUUGUUUUUGUUCUUAUUUUUUAGUUCAGCCUACAAGUAGCUUUUAGGCAACUGGAAUGGAAUCAAAUUUUGUUUUAGAAUUCAAAGAUCUUGAAACCUGGAUGGUUUCGUGGCCCUUAGGAUGCAAAAUAUUGUAUUUUGAAAAAUGUUGUGUGUCUGCUGUCAGUAGCUGACCAGCAUUCAAGUCUCAAAUUUGUGUGUGUGAGGCUUAAUAUCUGCAUUCCUGGCAGAUGUUUCUUGUAGAAUAAGAUGAUAUUUUUGGGGGUGACUGUUAAGACACUGGGGUCAGAGGAGUGCAUGAUGAAUAAAUUUCAACUGUCAGUUUCCUAAAUUAAUGUGAUUAAUCAGUGUGUGGUUCAGCCAUCGUUUGUUUCCCUGGACUGAUCCAGAUAUGACUGUGCACGACCCCCUAGAUGAGAUACUGGACCUGGAGGUCACAGAGGACCGACUCACUGAUGAUCUGCUUAAGGUAAUUAUGUCCCCUGAACACAGAAGCCUGUGUAUGUGCCUUUGUAUUUUUCCUUAUUCUCAGUAAUGGAUAUAAUUAAUAAUGGAAUUAUACUGCAGUGUUUUUGUUUUUUGCACUGAAGCUCAAAGAGUGAUCUCCAUAGAAAGAGACCGGUGAAAGAUGGAAGCACCUGUGACAAGUCUUCUGUGUCUUUCAAUAGAACCGCGGUGAUUACCUCAAAAUCCAGGUAAUAGGGUAUACAGUGAUAUGCAUCUGCUUGGGCACCCCUGGAAAAAUUGUGUGUUUUAUUGAAUCUAUGUGUAAAAAGAAGUUAAAGCGACCUCUACUGGUACUAACUUAAACAUGACAUAUUUCUGCAAGUUUAACAUGCAGUUAAUAUUUAUUUUCUGAAUUGAACAGUUAGAAAGAAAAGAGCGAAUGUGGAAUGUGCAAAAGUUUAGGCACCCUUCCAGUUAUUCCAUUAAUACUUUUUUCUUCGUUGUUUAGUUGAGUGGCGGAAACUAACUUCUGGAACUAGCUAUGCAAAUAACAAAAUUAAAUUAAAUCAGGAACAUGGUUAUUUACGUUAUGCUCCAUCAACAAAAUCUGGCCCUCUUUCAAUUGUUGUCAAGAGCAUGUGCAAAUGUGUGAAUGUGUACCUCAUAUUAAGAAUUAUAAUAGUGGGAAUACAGAAGGGAGAGGAAAAAUGGGCGUUCAGAAUUGUUUGUUUUGUUUUAUGGCAAUAAAAGGUUAAUAUAGAUUUGAAUCCAUGUACGGUCAACACUACACUGAGUAUCAAUGCAUCUUAUCAAGGAAGUGAAGCCGUUAUCCAAAAUGGAAAGACUCUCGAGUGGCGCUAGUUAAUCGUUAGCCAGCGGUGAGCAUUCCGUUAGCAUCGGUACAGCGGCUGCAUCCACCCUCGCCAGUGUGUGAGAGCACAUGAAGGUGUAUGCGAGGCCAUGCCAGGUGUGCUGUGUUUUCUCCUCCUCCUGCUGGGGCAGGGGGGGCGCGGGCAGAAGUCGGAGCCGCUUGUCGGUGCCGGGGGUGAGGACCUGUUCCGGGGUCAGGAUCAGUACAGCUUCGCCAUCGUGCUGUCCGGCACUGAGCAUCAGUGCUUUUGGCACUUCGCGCACCAGAGUGGACGCUUCUACUUGACCUACAUGGUCCAGUGGGUGACGGGCGUGGCCAAUAACAGGCACCUGUCCACCACAGUCAGCUCCCCCCAGGGAUUCCUGGUGACCUUUACUGAUGACCCUAUAGGUCAUAUCAACUUCCAUACAGAGGAGACAGGUUUUUACCAGAUGUGCUUCAGCAACUUGCACAAUAGAUUUGGAAGAACGCAGGUCUUCCUCAACUUUGGCGUCUACUAUGAGGGCUUUGAAAAGGCCCAGGUAAAUAAGGAGGAGGCGGGGAAACACCUGAAUGAUACACUGUCCACCAUUGAGGGGAGUGUCAAUAAACUACAGGGCCACAUAUUCCACAUAUGGAGGCACUACAACUUUGCACGCAUGCGAAGUGGCGCAGACCACUACCUGCUUCUCUCAAACUACAACUACGUGAACUGGUGGUCUGCUGCUCAGAGCGUGGUCAUCGUCACCGCGGGCUACCUGCAACUGUCAUUCCUCAAGAAGCUUUUCCACACAGACAACAAACGGCCUCGCUGCUAAGCCUCCUCCCCUUCCUGGGCCUGGGAUGACAAUCCCAUCUGUGCCUGAAGUUAACCCUCAUCUGCACCUCUGGAAGUGUCUGUAGGCCUGCAUGCCGUGCUGAGAAUGUACCCUACCUGACAUCCUGAAUGAGUAAAGUUUUAUUCCCUUCCUAUCGCCCUGUACAUCUGUGGGUCAGUUAGCCAGGCAGUCCUACAGGUUUGAAUCAUCUACAGUUGGAUGUAGAUUUAAACAGAGGUCCUCCUUCCAUCUUUGGGAUAAGGAAAAAGGAUCUCUGUUAAUUGUAGGAUAUAACGUUUGAGAUUCAGCAUUGAUUUUCUUGUCUUAUCAUCAAAGAAUCCCUACACACUGGUACAGGCUGGCCUCUAACCACUCAGCUGUUGAUAUGAAAUUUCACCUGAUUAUAAAAAUUAAAGCUCU